AUGUAUAAGUCACGGAGCUUGUUGUCGGUGCUGUUUACGUUGUUGGUCGUUUGUCUGGCGUUUGUCUCUGCAGCUCCCCAGCGGAGCAACAACAACAACAACAACAACAACAACAACAAUAACGGAAACGGAAAUGGUAACAAUGGAAACAGACAGGGCGGCGGUGGUCAGAAGCUCACUCCACAGCAAAAGGCAGCCCAGGUGCCCGGCGGUAUCUCUAACGCCACAGACGGCUCUACAACGCUGGACAUGACGGUCAACAUCAACAACCUCCCCAUCCGCUUCAGGGUCAGCGCUCCCGCCGACCAGUUCAAGAGCGCGUCGGGUGUCCCGGGUGCGCAAGCCCCCGCCAACAGCCAGGGCGCCAUCGGCAUGAACGUGCUGCUGCACGGCGAUGGCGGGCAGUCCUUCUUCGACUUCCCCAACCAGGGCGUCAACAACAACCUCAUGGGCGUCGCCGUGCUCGCGCCCGACGAGAACCUCAAAUGGGGCAGCGCGGACCAGGGCCGCGUGCAGCGGCCCAACGGCCUGGAGCACUCGCAGGCCGUCAACGACCUCGUGACCAACGUCCUGCCGCAGGUGGUCGCCUUUGACCAGUCCAACGUCUUCUUCACCGGCGUCAGCGGCGGCUCGCUGACCCUGUCCGGCUUCUUCAUGCCCGCCUUCCUCGGCAACUUCACCAACGCGGGCGUGCUGCUCUCGUGUGGCGGGCUGGAGCCGCAGGUGCCGUUCACGGACCAGUCGGCCGCGGCGCUGACCAACACGCGCAUCCACUUCCAGUCGACGCAGGACGAGCUGCAGAGCCUGCAGAAGCUGAUCCCGGAGGCGGUGAGCGCGUACGAGCAGGCGGCGGCGCAGAUGGGCAUGAACGCGAACCAGAUCGACGCGCUGCAGACGGUGGACAACGAGCCCAACGGCGGGCACUGCGCGUUCGACGGCAAGGACUUUGUGAGCGGCGUGCAGACGAUGGCGGACAGCUUCGGCAACAUCAUGCUGCCCGGCGGCAACGGGCAGCUGCAGGGCACGGGCAACGUGCUGAACGGCGUGGUCGAGAACAAGAACCUGCAGUUUGCUCAAACGCAGCAGGGCGGCCAACAGGGCGGCCAACAGGGCGGCCAACAGGGUGGCCAACAGGGUGGCCAACAGGGUGGCCAACAGGGUGGGCGAGGAGGGCAGGGGCGGCAAGGGGGGCGUAAUAAUUAG